AGUUAUAGUUUAUUAAGUAAGACGAGUACAAGUUUACAACCACCACCACUUGCGACUGUAAGAGAAAAGGAGAAAAUGAAUUGAAUUGAAUUAUAGAGGCUGGAAGACGUGAGCGUAGAAGCUUAGGUGAGAGCGACCAAAGCAUGGUCUGUGGUGUGUGUAUACAAAAGGCCUCCAAAUCCCCGAAAAGCCCACCCUAUCUCGAUCUCUCUUGGACCGUCUGGUAGGGGUAGUUCUGGUAGACCCCCUCCAUCUUCCUCUCUCAGUCUCUUUGUGAGCUGUGUGCUUUUGCUUUGACGAGUUAGGCAGAGAGUUUCUCUGCUCCUUUCUCCGCUUCUCAACAUUUUGAUCUUCGCUGAGCUUCUCGGCCUCGGAGGAGCUCCCGCCCAAUAUGACGAGAAUGCCAUUCACAUUCACCUCCGCGCCCAUGGAGCUCGCCUCUUUCCUCUCCAAUUGGUGGGACGAGAUCAACGAGAACACCCAAUGGCAGGACGGCAUCUUCUACGCUCUCUGCGCUGCCUACGCCCUCGUCUCCUCCGUCGCUCUGUUUCAACUAAUAAGGAUUGAAUUGAGAGUGCCCGAAUACGGUUGGACCACGCAGAAGGUUUUUCAUCUUAUGAACUUCAUUGUUAAUGGAGUACGAGCAAUUGUUUUCGGAUUUCACCAUCAAGUGUUUGCUUUGCACCCGAAGGUACUAAUAUUGGUCUUGUUGGAUCUUCCUGGACUGCUGUUCUUCUCUACGUACACACUUCUUGUUCUCUUCUGGGCAGAGAUAUAUCACCAGGCAAGAAGUUUACCAACAGAUAAGCUCAGGGUUGUUUAUAUUUCAGUCAAUGCUGCAAUGUACUUUAUACAGGUUUGCAUCUGGAUAUACCUCUGGAUAGAUGACAACAGUGUUGUGGAGUUCAUUGGAAAGAUAUUCAUUGCAGUUGUGUCAUUUGUGGCUGCACUAGGAUUUUUGAUAUACGGAGGAAGGUUAUUUUUCAUGCUGAGACGCUUCCCCAUUGAAUCUAAAGGGAGAAGGAAGAAACUUCAUGAGGUUGGAUCUGUUACAGCCAUAUGUUUCACCUGCUUUCUCGUAAGAUGCUUUGUGGUUGUCCUAUCUGCUUUUGAUACAGAUGCAUCACUUGAUGUUUUGGAUCAUCCAAUUUUGAAUGUGAUCUAUUACAUGCUGGUUGAGAUCCUGCCUUCAGCGCUAGUCCUUUACAUCUUGCGCAAAUUGCCCCCGAAGAGAGUAUCAGCUCAGUAUCAUCCUAUCCGUUAGCCUGGUCUAUCUAUUCUUUGUGUUAAUUUUGCCCCCUUAGUAAAAUUCUUUACGGAUUGGGAGUUUGGUGCUAAUGAAAUUGAGCGACAAUAGGAAAGCCAGAAAAACAGACCAGAUGCAGUAUUCUGGUGUGGCUCAUGAUGCCGGCAUUUUUUUAGAUGUAUGUAUAUUACACGGCUCUCCGGAGCUAGCCAAGGGAAAAUAGUUAAAUUAUUUUCAUGGUUAUUUUGACAGUUAGCGGUUUAUUUGAUAAGAAUGUGACAAAAGGAAAUGUUCAUGUAAUUUUAUUGUUGUAGGUGUUGUUUCUGUUUGUUUUUAGAGUUUCACAUCAUGGUUUGUUGAAGCAGAAAUAAUGCUUCUCUUUGCCCUCAGUAGACAAUUGAUGUGAUAUAAUAUAAAGUACAUUUUUUUAA